CCCAAGCCUGAUGUCCCAAAACUCGUCGACAACAUGGCCAAUUGCCUCAUACUCAAGAGGAAGAGCACAGAUUAUGCCAAUUAGGAAGUCAUUGCGGCUUUUUGGUGGAGCGAUCAUUGGAUCUCACAACCACGGAUUUGCAUGCUGAAAAAAGAACAAGAUUUGCCUUAGGUUGAGGGGAAGAGAUGCUCUAAGCGCGUACGCAAUGGACAAGAGAAUGAAGCAUGAUGGUGUUUCAUCCAGGCUCAAUUUACGGAUCCUGACCAGGGCCUCGGGCGGCAAGGUGAUCACGACUAUUGGCCACAAUCUGAUCUGAUCUUGCUUAAGGAAUAUGGAACUCGACACGCAAAUUUGUCUCACGAUAUCUUGUAGUAAAAACAUCUUGAUCAAUUCAGGCAUCAUAUAUACUUAUCACAAUGGCUGGCCCAAGAUUCGACGACCCCGUGUAUGGGAGCAAUGUUGUGACAGGGAUCAGUGCCACAGGCAACGCUCACCAAACCUUCAACUUCAAUCAACGUUUUGAGUCGAGACCGUUGUUUUUGUUUCCUUAUGAGAGAAAUGAAGAUUUUGUUACGCGGCCUCAAAUAUCAUCCAAACUUGAGGAACUUCUACCAAGAAAUUCGGAUGACUUUCGAAGCGCAGCUCUUUGGGGUCUUGGAGGAUCUGGCCGAUACAGCAAAAGACAAUGCUCCGUCUUUUGGGUUCAUGCAAAUAGCGAGGCGAAUUUUGCACAAGAUUAUGGCUCAAUUGCAAUGGUUAUGGGCAUAAAUACUCAAGGCCAUGGGUCUGAGCUCUUGCAGAAUGUUCGACAUAAGAUUGAGUCGUUGCCCAGAUGGCUCCUGGUCAUCGAUAAUGCCGAAGAUUUAUCCCUUUUUGGUGUCGGCUCAACACAAAGAAACACCAGCAAGAUCAUGAAUUGCAUCCCCAGAGGCCCAAACGGUACAGUUUUGUGGAUCAGCCGUGAUGAAGCAAUUGUUGGGAGCCUUGUAGGCAUACGGAGAGGUAUAACUGUCUCGAAGAUGACUCCUGAGGAAAGCAAGGCAUUGCUUGAGUCGAAUAUGCCUCAAUCAAUAGGCGAUGGCGAGCUAGAUGAUGCUAUUUUGUUGCUCAAAGAGCUGCAGUUUCUGCCUCUCGCUAUUUCGCAAGCUGGGGCAUACAUACGAAGAACAGAGACAUCCAUCAGCCAAUAUUUUACUGACUUGAAGGAAGAACAAACACGAUGGAGCAUCUUGAAAGAACCCGAGUUCGACAGAUACAGGUUACACAACAGUUCAAACAGCAUUCUUGAGACUUGGGAUCCUUCGAUUCAUCGCAUUCACCAAGUGAACGAGUUGGCAUACAUAAUUCUACACAUCCUGACUUACGUGGAUAAACAGACUAUUCCCGAGAGGUUAUUGGAUGCUGCUGCCGUAUAUGGAGAAAGAAAGCAGACGGAAGACAUGUUUGAGAGCAAGAAGAGAGAAGCGAUACGUCGACUCAAGAACUUCUCCUUCCUAAUAGAGCACCACUCUGGCGAUAAUGAACGCACUUAUGAGAUACACAAGCUCGUCAAAGAUGCUAUACGUUACAAUCAACGCAAUGCAAGCAUAUUGGAGGGACACGAGAACAAAGGGAAUAAAGACUCUCGUCGUUUGGGAGCUUGCAUUAAAAGACAGUUUAAGAAUAAUGGUAGAGGCAAGGAGGAUCCUAGGAAGGGAGAAGAGCACUUUGUCGGCGCAGCAGCCGAGAUUGUCGCAGGAUUAUAUCCCCAUAAAACUGGUCUCAGAACGGGGGAAGCACCCUGA